AAUAAAAUAUUCAUCUUUAAACAGAAAAAGACCUUCAACAAGAGAGGGUAUUAACAUUAUAACCCUUGUCUUGGACUUCUCGGGUAAGGAAAGCCUUUAGAUCCACCGACCAUCUAUUUAAUGGUAAAGAACUUCUUCAGUUAGUGGCAAGAUUCGAACUCAUGGCAUCUCUCUCCCUACCUCCGUCUCCCUCUCCUCACAGCUUGAACCAGUCGUAUCUAUCCUAUAAAAGAAAACCAUUUAAAUCAUAGAACAACGAACCCACAAAUAAAGUAAAAUAAAAUCCCUCACUUCGCCGCCGCGUCCAAACGAAGGAACUUGUAAAUGAAAAAAAUAACUUAGCUUAGCCGGGUUGUAGCUAGAAUUUUUUCUCCUUAAAGCUUGAAUAUCUCUCUUCUCCCUGUAUUCUUCUCUCCUCCCUUCUACUUCUCUUUUGAAUUCUUUUCCCAAAUCCCUUUAUUCUUCUUUCUCCCUCCCUUCUCUUCUCCUUGCAUCUGAUUUUCUGAUGUUCGGGAUAAGAGUUGCACCCGCAGCCACUCAUCCAAUCCCCUAAUCCACAAAGAUUUGCACUCCUCGUUAGAAAAAAAAAAGGUCCCAGUACCAGGGAAUUACAGAAACGACCCUCCUCUUCACGCUCUGCUAUAUUUCUGUUUGGAGGACUGAUCCACCACCUGUGGGACUAGAGGGGAGCUCUGGGUGGGCGUGGGCGGCAGAUAUAUUAUUUGGAUUCUUCCGGCCGUGAACAUUGAACUAUUUUGCCUAGAGAGAAAAAUCAUUUUGGAGCCGAGGAGGAUGAGAGGGGCUGCUGUUGAUGCCUUGAAAAAAUGCGCGGAGGCGCUUCAACAUGGGAAUCAGAGUCUUGCAAACGCAGAGAUGGGAAGAGUUCUUGAUCUUACUGAAGAGGAAACUGAACCUAAAACUAGAAGAUUGAUUGGAUAUUUUGCGCAAGCUCUUGCUUGCCGAACCUACGGAUUUCAUCCUACAUAUUUAUCAUUCCCAUCAUCUGACUGGAAGUAUAGGAUGUGUGAAUGGUGUGACGUUUUUACUACCGUAGGUCGGACUAUUUCAGAUGCUGUCAAGGGAAAACGCAGAGUCCAUGUUAUUGAACUUGUCCAGCACAUGCAUAUUUAUAAGGAAUGGGAAUCCCUUUUUGAUAAGUUUGAUGAAUUGGGUGACCUGAGGCAUUUAAGGUUAAGUUUCCUUGUGCAAUAAAACGAUGAAUUUUCGAAAGAAAGUGGGGAGGAACUUAUUCGGGCUUCUAACCGUCUCCAUAUAGAGUUUGAAUGUAAGAUUUUUCCUGUUAACAGUUUUGCUGACAUUGAUGUGUCUUUGAUGGGGAUGCGGGAUGACGAGUUUGUGGUUGUGAAUUGCAUGUUUGUAUUCAGCAGGAUGUUGUCGGCGGAAUUAGCUCUGGAGAAGGUGUUACUAAAGGUAAGGGAUGCAAUAAAAGCGGACAUUAUGAUUGUUGCAGAGCAUGAUGCCAACCACAACCAGUCUGAUUUUUUAUUGCGGUUUGAUGCAUCACUUAAAUAUUAUUCCUCUCUAUUCGAAGGAAAUCGUUAUACUCAUGAAGUUGAGUUAUAUUUUAAAUAUCAAAUAUCCAACUUAGUGGCCUGUGAGGGUAGUAAUAGGGUGGAGCGGCACCUGACGUGGGCUCAAUGGAAAUCCUUGCUUACUCGUUAUGGGUUUUCUAUUGUUAAUUUGUCUGCCGUUGGGAUAGACACAGAAAAUGGCAUUUUGGUGAUCAGAGGUACCGAAGAGAAGCAGCCAUUAUUUUUCAUUUCUGCUUGGAAAACAUCAACAUCCCCCUUCAAAUAAUCGGGCUCUAAUGAAGGCAAAAUAGGUCUCUGUAUCAGUUCUUCAGAAAGUGAUAGCCUUCAAACUGUCCAAAUUUGGCCCGAGGUAUUCUAUUUUCUUCUUGUUCCCUUAUCUUGUUUGUCAAAUAUACUUGCCGAAGAACAUCGGAUUUCUUUUCUCCCACUUCAUCUUAAUUAACUACUUCCUUUUUU